CCUACCGCCACUAAUCACUGAGGAUGGCAUUUCAGAGUUAUCUUCGCUUAGUUCUUCUCUACUCAUUCACUAACAUCAUUGCUUCAACACCAAGCCACUACCAUAAUCAUGCUGUACUCAACAGGAGCAGUUUUCCUGCAGGUUUCAUUUUUGGGACGGCAUCAUCGUCCUACCAGUAUGAAGGUGCGGCAAAAGACGGUGGUAGAGGACCAUCUAUAUGGGACACGUUCACCCAUAGAUGCCCUUUCUCUAUUAGAGAAAAUCAACUCAGUGGCCAACAAGCAUUUAAAAGCAUGGAAAGAAGAGGAGGCACAAGGUCAGACUCAUCUUUCGGAACCUUCCCCAACUGGUGUCAUAAAGAUAGGAUACAAGAUGGCAGUAAUGGAGAUGUAACUGUUGAUCAAUACCAUCACUAUAAGGAAGACGUUGGGAUUAUGAGGCAAAUGGGUUUUGAUGCAUACAGGUUCUCAAUCUCAUGGUCCCGAGUUUUACCAAACGGAAGGCUAAGUGGGGGCGUGAACCUGGAAGGAAUCAAAUACUACAACAACCUCAUCAAUGAACUUCUAGCCAAAGGUCUAAAGCCCUUUGUGACUCUCUUUCACUUUGAUCUUCCCCAAUCCUUGGAAGAUGAUUAUGGUGGUUUCUUAAGUCCACAUAUUGUGAAUGAUUUUCGGGACUAUACCGAGGUUUGCUUCAAGGAAUUUGGCGAUCGGGUGAAGCACUGGAUCACACUGAAUGAGCCAACGAGCUACAGCGUAGGUGGUUAUACAUCUGGGGCUAUACCGCCAGGGCGAUGUUCUGAUUGGCAAAAUCAGUAUUGCACCAAAGGAAAUUCUGGAACAGAACCAUAUUUGGUGAUACACCACCAACUUCUUGCCCAUGCAGCUGCUGUUAAAGUGUACCGGCAAAAGUAUCAGGAAAGACAAAAAGGCACUUUAGGUAUAUCGCUCGAGACAGGCUGGAUGGUGCCAUAUUCUAAAGCAAGACAUCAUCGUAAUGCUAUGCUACGGGCUCUUGAUUUCAGAAUUGGAUGGUUAAUGGACCCCUUGAUCAAUGGUGACUAUCCACAUAGCAUGCGAUCUCUGGUUGGAAACCGAUUACCCAAAUUUACCAAAGAACAAUCUAAGCUCGUAAACAGGUCAUUUGACUUUAUCGGAUUAAACUACUAUACUGCUUAUUAUGCAGCCUAUGCACCUCAACAUAAUGCUGGAAAUGCAAGCUACUUGACGGAUUCUCGUGCUAAUCUUUCAACUGAGCGCAAUGGAAUCCCCAUUGGUCCACAGGCAGCUUCAGAAUGGCUUCAUCUAUAUCCAAGAGGAAUUCGAGAUCUUUUGCUCUACACAAAGCAGAAGUACCAUAAUCCACUAAUUUAUAUCACUGAGAAUGGAAUUGAUGAGUUCAAUAAUGCCACCUUGUCACUAGAGGAGGCUCUUGUGGACAACCAAAGAAUUGAAUACUAUUUUAGUCAUCUUUGGUAUCUUCAGAAGGCUAUCAGGGAUGGUGUAAAUGUUAAGGGAUACUUUGCAUGGUCCUUGUUGGACAACUUUGAAUGGAAUUCAGGUUACACUGUUCGGUUUGGCAUCAACUAUGUAGACUACAAGGAUGGAUGUAAAAGACACCCUAAACUUUCAGCGCAUUGGUUCACGAAUUUCCUCAAGAAAUAGAUUAUAGAUAUGAUGUCCAUAUGAUUAACGUAUGUGAAGGCCAUUUCUUGAAAAUAAUGUUAUAAUUAUACGUAGUAGGAAUAAAUAUUGUAAGACUCACUUCAUAUAUCAUACUUGUUGAAGUUCUUUUUCUUCUCAA